GCGUCUCAUGCGGCCGGCGCCCGCCGCAGCCACCGCUGGGUCCUGGAGCCAGAGGCCGCCCGCGACGGAGCGCAAUGGACCGAGGGCCCCAGCGGGGGAGGCGCCGCCGCGGAGUUCGCGGCCAGACGCCCCCGCAGUAACGUCCGCGCGAGCGCCGAGGCCCCGCGUGAGCCUGGGCGGCUUCCCCUCCCGCCGGCUCUGCACUCGCCGCAGCUGGGAGCCCGCGCGCCACGCCCGUGCCCUGCCGCCGUUCCGCCGCGGAGCCGCGUUGUCCUCGGAGCCGGAACAUACGGCCUGCUGGAGUUCAUACCCAGUCCUGAGCAACACUGACUUUCCGCCAUGGAGUCUCAGACAGUUGAUGACGAAGCAAUGGCAGCAUAAAUGAAGAUCAAGUGAGGGGAGGAGAACGAUGCCCAAGGGUGGGUGUUCUAAAACACCACAGCAAGAAGACUUUCCUCUCAGCAACGACAUGGUGGAGAAACAAACUGGGAAAAAGGAUAAAGAUAAAGUUUCUCUAACCAAGACCCCAAAGCUGGACCGCAGUGAUGGAGGGAAGGAGGUGAGAGAGCGAGCCACAAAGCGGAAGCUGCCCUUCACUGUAGGGGCCAAUGGAGAGCAGAAAGACUCGGACACAGAGAAGCAGGGUCCUGAGCGGAAGAGGAUCAAGAAGGAGCCUGUUGCCCGCAAGUCCGGGCUGCUGUUCGGCAUGGGGCUGUCUGGGAUCCGAGCCGGCUACCCCCUCUCUGAGCGUCAGCAGGUGGCUCUGCUCAUGCAGAUGACUGCUGAAGAGUCUGCAAAUAGCCCAGUAGACACAACACCAAAGCACCCUUCCCAGUCUACCGUGUGUCAGAAGGGGACGCCCAACUCCGCCUCAAAAACCAAAGAUAAGGUAAACAAGAGAAACGAGCGAGGAGAAACCCGCCUGCACCGAGCAGCCAUCAGAGGGGAUGCCCGUCGCAUCAAGGAGCUCAUCAGUGAGGGUGCAGAUGUUAACGUCAAGGACUUUGCAGGCUGGACUGCACUGCAUGAGGCAUGUAACCGGGGCUACUAUGACAUCGCCAAGCAGCUGUUGGCCGCUGGUGCAGAGGUGAACACUAAGGGCCUGGAUGAUGACACGCCUUUGCACGAUGCUGCCAACAAUGGGCACUACAAGGUGGUGAAGUUGUUGUUACGAUAUGGAGGAAACCCCCAGCAAAGCAACAGGAAAGGCGAGACACCGUUGAAAGUAGCCAAUUCCCCAACGAUGGUGAAUCUCCUGUUAGGCAAAGGCACAUACACUUCCAGUGAGGAGAGCUCCACUGAGAGCUCCGAGGAAGAGGACGCCCCAUCAUUUGCACCUUCCAGUUCGGUUGAUGGCAAUAACACGGACUCUGAGUUUGAGAAAGGCCUGAAGCUUAAGGCUAAGAAUCCAGAGCCACAGAAAACUGUGACCCCUGUCAAGGACGAGUAUGAGUUUGACGAGGAUGAUGAGCAAGACAGGGUUCCUCCGGUAGAUGACAAGCACUUGCUGAAGAAGGACUAUAGGAAAGAAACCAAGUCAAACAGUUUCAUUUCAAUACCCAAAAUGGAAGUUAAGAGUUACACGAAGAAUAACACGCUUGCACCAAAGAAGGCAGCCCAUCGCAUCUUGUCAGACACGUCAGAUGAAGAAGACGUGAGUGUCGCAAUGGGGGCUGGAGAGAAGCUCAGGCUCUCUGCACACACAAUGCUGCCCAGUAGUAAGGCCAGAGAGUCUUCGAGUUCUAGGCAGCAGAAAGAAAAAAGUAAAGUGAAAAAGAAGCGAAAGAAAGAAACAAAAGGCAAAGAAGUCCGAUUUGGAAAGAGGAACGACAAAUUCUGCUCCUCCGGGUCGGAGAGCGAGUCCUCAGAGAGCGAUGAGGAUGACGGGGACUCUGUGGGGAGCUCAAGCUGCCUCAAGGGGUCCCCGCUGGUGCUGAAGGACCCUUCCCUGUUCAGCUCACUGUCUGCCUCCUCCACCUCGUCUCAUGGCAGUGCUGCAGCCCAGAAGCAUAAUUCUGGCCACACGGACCAGCACACUAAGCAUUGGCGCACUGACAACUGGAAAGCCAUUUCUUCCCCAGCCUGGUCUGAGGUCAGCUCUUUGUCAGACUCCUCAAGGACGGGACUAACCAGUGAGUCUGACUGCUCCUCUGAAGGCUCCAGUGUGGAAUCUCUGAAGCCUGCAAGGAGGAAGCAGGAGCACCGCAAGAGGAGUAGCCUGCAGAGUGUCCCGUCUGAGAAGAGAGGCACCUUCCAUCCCUGCACGGAUGGAGCUGUCCCCAAGCUGGACAAAGAGGGGAAAGUGGUCAAAAAGCAUAAGACAAAACACAAACACAAAAACAAGGAGAAAGGACAGUGUUCAGUCAGCCAGGAACUUAAAUUGAAGAGCUUUACAUAUGAAUAUGAGGACUCCAAGCAAAAGUCAGAUAAGGCCAUCCUCCUAGAUAACGACAUUUCCACUGAAAAUAAGUUGAAAGUGUUGAAACAUGACAGAGACCAUUUUAAGAAAGAAGAUAAACUUGGCAAGAUGAAGUCAGAAGAUAAAGAAUGGAUCUUUAAGGACGAGAAGGCACUAAAGAGAAUCAAGGACAUGAACAAAGACAUCAACAGGGCUUUCCGGGAAGAAAAAGACCGUCCCAGUAAAGCAGAAAGGGAGAAAUCUACAAAGGAAAAGUCUCCCAAGGAGGAAAAACUGAGACUGUACAAGGAAGAGAGGAAGAAAAAGUCCAAAGACCGGCCCUCCAAGCUGGAGAAGAAGAACGACGUGAAAGAGGACAGGGUUUCCAAGGAGAAGGAGAAAGCCUUCAAAGAGGACAAAGACAAACUCAGAAAGGAAAAGAUUUACAGGGAAGAUGCCACUUUUGAUGAAUAUUGUAACAAAAGCCAGUUCCUGGAGCAUGAGGACACCAAGUUCAGCCUUUCUGAUGACCAGCAGGACAGGUGGUUUUCUGACCUGUCUGAUUCCUCUUUUGAUUUCAAAGGGGAGGAUAGCUGGGACUCUCCAGUGACAGACUACAGGGACCUCAAGAGUGACUCAGUGGCCAAACUCAUCCUGGAAACGGUGAAAGAAGACAGUAAGGAGAAGAAGCGCGACAGCAAAACCCGGGAAAAGCGAGACUUCAGGGACUCUUUCUUCCGAAAGAGAGACAGGGACUAUCUGGAUAAAAACUCCGAGAAGAGGAGAGACCAAACAGAAAAGCAUAAAAGCAUCCCCAGCUAUCUCUCCGAGAAAGACAAGAAGAGGAGAGAGUCUGCUGAAGCCAGCCGGGACAGGAGGGAUACCCUGGAGGGCUCCCGGGAGCGGAGAGAUGGACGUAUGCGGCCUGAGGAGACACACAGGGAGGACCUGAAGGAGUGUGGCUGCGAGAACACCUUCAAGGACAAGCCAGACUGUGACUUCACCAAGAGCCUGGAGCCCUGGGAACGGCCCCAUGCAGCACGUGAGAAAGAGAAAAAGGACGGCCUGGAAAAGGAGAGGAAGGAGAAGGGGAGGGCGGAGAAGUACAAAGACAGGUCCAGUGAGAGAGACAGAAGCGAGAAGUCUAUCCUGGAGAAGUGUCCGAAAGACAAAGACUUUGAAAAAUGUUUUAAGGAAAAGAAAGAUAGCAAGGAGAAGCAUAAAGACGCGCACAACAAAGACAGAAAGGCCUCCCUCGACCAAAUGAGGGAGAAGAAGGAGAAGAUGUUCCCUGGCAUCAUCUCAGAAGACUUCUCUGAGAAAAAAGAUGACAAGAAGGGGAAGGAGAAGAGCUGGUACAUUGCAGACAUUUUCACUGAUGAAAGUGAAGAUGAGAAAGACAAUUACGUGACCAGCAGCUUCAAGGUUGGAGAGACCAGUGAUACACAGAGAGUAGACAGCCUCCAGGAGAAGGAAGAUGGGAGAGAGCCGCAUCCCUCAGACAGGCACAGGAAGUCCUCUUCUGACAGGCAGCAUGCAGAGAAGCCAAGAGACAAAGAGCCCAAGGAAAAGAAGAAGGACAGAGGAGCUACUGAUGGGGGCAAGGACAAGAAGGAAAAGAUCUUUGAAAAGCACAAAGAAAAGAAAGAUAAAGAGUGUCUGGAGAAAUAUAAGGACAGGAAAGAUAGAGCUUCGGUCGACUCUGCCCAAGAAAAGAAAAGCAAACAGAAGAUCCCUGAGAAGCUGGAGAAGAAGCACUCUGCUGAAGACAAGGCCAAGAGUAAACACAAGGAGAAAGCGGAGAAGGAGCACUCCCGAGAGAGAAAGGCCUCACGGGGCCCAGAAGUGGAGAAGAGCCUGCUGGAGAAGCUGGAGGAAGAAGCUCUGCAUGAUUACCGUGAAGACUCCAAUGACAAGAUCAGCGAGGUCUCCUCUGACAGCUUUGCUGACCGUGGCCAGGAGCCCAGCCUGAGCGCUCUCCUGGAGGUGUCCUUCUCUGAGCCCCCAGCAGAGGACAAGGCCAGGGAGAGCACCUGCCUCUCUGAGAAACUGAAGGAAAAAGAGAGGCACAGGCACCCCUCAUCGUCCUCUAAGAAGAGCCAUGAGCGUGAGAGAUCCAAAAAGGAAAAGACCGAGAGAAAAGAGAAGAGUGAAGACCACAAGGACGGAAGCUGUAGAAAGGACUCCAGCCAGUAUGAAAAGGACUUCUUGGAUCCCGAAGCUUACGGUGUCAGUUUCACCACAAAAGCCGAUAUUGAAGAGGAGCUAGAUAAAACCAUUGAAUUGUUUUCUACAGAAAAGAAGGACAGAAAUGAUUCUGAAAGAGAACCUAGCAAGAAAAUAGAAAAGGAACUAAAGCCAUAUGGAUCCAGUACCAUCAGCAUUCUAAAAGAGAAGAAGAAAAGAGAGAAGCACAGGGAGAAGUGGAGAGAGGAGAAGGAGAAGCACAGGGACAAGCAUGCGGAUGGCUUCCUGAGACACCACAAGGAUGACCCAAAGCCUGCAGCCAGAGACAAGGACAACCCUCCCAACUCCUUCAAGGAGAAAUCCAGGGAUGAAAGCCUGAAGCUCAGUGAGACCAAGCUGAAGGAAAAAUUCAAGGAGAGCACAGAGCGAGAAAAGGGUGAUCCAGUGAGGAUGAGCAACGGGAAUGACAAGCUCCCACCCCCCAGAGACACCAGGAAAGACACGAGGCCCCGAGAGAAGCUCCUGGGAGAUGGUGAUCUCAUGAUGACAAGCUUUGAGAGGAUGUUGUCCCAGAAGGACCUGGAGAUUGAGGAGCGGCACAAGCGACACAAGGAACGCAUGAAGCAGAUGGAGAAGAUGCGUCAUAGGUCUGGAGACCCGAAGCUCAAGGAGAAGAAGCCUGCUGAUGAUGGGCGCAAGAAGAGCCUGGACCUUCCUUCCAAGAAAGCUCUGGGGCUAGACCCUCCUUUUAAAGACAAAAAACUCAAGGAGUCAGCGCCCAUGCUGCCCACCACUGAAAGCAAGCCACACUCGGGACCAGGGACAGAGUCCAAAGACUGGCUAGCUGGGCCACCCCUGAAGGAGGUCCUACCUGCCUCACCCCGGACUGAGCAGGCCCGGCCCACGGGGGUGCCCACCCCCACCUCAGUGAUGUCAUGCCCCAGCUAUGAGGAGGUGAUGCACACACCUAGGACCCCGUCCUGCAGUGCUGACGAUUACCCCGACCUGGUGUUUGACUGCACUGACUCCCAACAUUCAAUGCCUGUCUCUACCACAUCCACCAGCGCGUGCUCCCCACCCUUUUUUGAUAGGUUCUCUGUGGCCUCCAGUGUAGUUUCAGAAAACCCAGGCCAGACACCCACAAGGCCUGUCUCUACAAACCUGUAUCGUUCAAUUUCUGUGGAUAUCAGGAGGACACCUGAAGAGGAAUUCAGUGUUGGAGACAAGCUGUUUAGGCAGCAGAGUGUCCCUGCAGCCUCUAGUUUUGACUCCCCAGUGCAGCACCUGCUGGAAGACAAGGCUCCUCUGCCACCAGUUCCAGCAGAGAAGUUUGCCUGCCUGUCCCCUGGGUACUACUCCCCGGACUAUGGCAUCCCCUCGCCUAAAGUAGACACUCUGCACUGCCCACCAUCAGCUGUGGUCAGUGCCACACCACCCCCAGACAGCAUCUUUUCCAACCUACCAGCAAAGUCUUCCCCUUCCCCUAGAGGUGAGCUGCUAACUCCAACUGUUGAAGGGGCCCUGCCCCCAGACCUAGGCCUCCCUCUAGAUGCCACAGAGGACCAGCAGGCCACAGCUGCCAUCCUCCCCCCAGAGCCCAACUACCUGGAGCCCCUGGAUGAGGGCCCCUUCAGCACAGUCAUCACUGAGGAACCUGUUGAGUGGACACACCCUGCUACUGAGCAGACUCUUUCCUCUACCCUUAUUGCCAGUGCCUCUGAAAACCCUGUCAGUUGGCCUGUGGGCCCUGAGCUUCUGCUAAAGUCUCCACAGAGGUUCACAGAAUCCCCAAAACAUUUCUGCCCUGCAGAGCCCCUCCAUGCCACUGCCCCAGGGCCUUUCAGUGCCCCAGAGCCCCCAUACCCUGUCUCUCCAGUCUCCUACCCUUUGCCAGCCCCUGAGCCAGGCCUGGAGGAAGUCAAAGAUGGUGGGGCAGGAGCAAUCCCAGCAGCUAUCUCUGCUGCAGAAGCUACUGCUCCUUACGCUGCUCCCACCAGGCUGGAGUCCUUCUUCAGCAACUGCAAGUCACUUCCAGAUACACCCCUGGACACAGCCCCGGAGCCCACCUGUGUCACCACUGUGGCUCAGGUAGAGGCUCUGGGGCCUCUGGAAAGCAGCUUCCUAGACAGUAAUCAUAACCUGUCUGCCCUAGGCCAGGUUGAACCAGUGCCCUGGCAUGAAUCCUUCACCAGUCCUGAGGAUGACCUGGACCUGGGGCCUUUCUCACUGCCAGAGCUCCCUCUCCAGGCCAAAGAUGCUUCAGAUGUUGAGGCAGAAGCUGUGGUGGGCAGUCCUGCUCCACCAGGAGAGAGCCCUCCAGGGCCUCCUGGUGCCCUCAGCAGUGGGGAUGUCUCUGCAUCAGCAGCCGAGGAACAGCCAGCACUGCCUCCAGAGGAAGCAUUACCCCAGCUCUCCACCGAGCCUGAGCCCUCAGAAGAGCCAAAGCUAGAUAUAGUUCUAGAAGCCACAGUGGAAGCAGAGACCCUGACAGGUGAGAGGGCCCCUGAGGACUCAGAUUCCAAUUUGGUGCCUGUACCCAGUCCUGAACAGCAUAUCCUGGGAGGUGGCAGUGAGGAGACUGAAGCUGAGGACCCCUCUGCUGCUCCCUCCUAUGCACCUGAUGGCCCCUCCGCAGAUGACUUGACACAGGCACACAACAGUGCAGAGACCACCCGUGCUGCCACCCCGUCAGAAGGACCCCCAGGCAGUGUCCAGUCAGAAGCUGCAGACCCAGAACCCAAACCCACUGCUGAAGCUCCCAAGGCCCCCAAGGUAGAAGAGGUUCCUCAGCGCAUGACCAGAAACCGGGCCCAGAUGCUGGCAAGCCAGAACAAACAGAGCACACCCCCUGCAGAGAAGGACCCAGUGCCUGCCCCAGCUUCCAGAGCCAAGGGCCGUGCUUCUGAGGAGGAGGACGCCCAGGCUCAACACCCCCGCAAGCGCCGCUUCCAGCGUACUAGCCAGCAGCUACAACAGCAGCUGAACACAUCCACGCAGCAGACACGGGAGGUCAUCCAGCAGACUCUGGCGGCUAUUGUGGACGCUAUCAAGCUGGAUGCCAUUGAACCCUACCACAGUGACAGGUCCAACCCAUACUUUGAGUACCUUCAGAUCAGAAAGAAGAUUGAAGAGAAACGCAAGAUCCUCUGCUGCAUCACUCCGCAGGCACCCCAGUGCUAUGCUGAGUAUGUCACCUACACGGGGUCCUACCUCUUGGAUGGCAAGCCACUCAGCAAGCUCCACAUCCCUGUGAUUGCACCCCCUCCCUCCCUGGCAGAGCCCCUGAAGGAGCUGUUCAAGCAGCAGGAGGCUGUUCGGGGUAAGCUGCGUCUGCAGCACAGCAUCGAGAGGGAAAAGCUGAUUGUGUCCUGCGAGCAGGAGAUCUUGCGGGUCCACUGCCGGGCAGCCAGGACCAUUGCCAAUCAGGCAGUACCCUUCAGUGCAUGUACAAUGCUGCUGGACUCUGAGGUCUACAACAUGCCUUUGGAAAGCCAGGGUGAUGAAAACAAGUCGGUGCGGGAUCGCUUCAAUGCCCGCCAGUUCAUCUCUUGGCUGCAGGAUGUAGAUGACAAGUAUGACCGCAUGAAGACAUGCCUGCUGAUGCGGCAGCAGCAUGAGGCCGCAGCCCUCAAUGCUGUGCAAAGGAUGGAGUGGCAGCUGAAGGCCCAGGAGCUGGACCCUGCUGGGCACAAGUCCUUGUGUGUCAACGAGGUGCCAUCCUUCUACGUGCCCAUGGUGGAUGUCAAUGAUGACUUCGUACUAUUGCCAGCGUGACACUCGUGGGAAGGCCACAGGACACAAACAAGGGCCACAUAAGUCGCCCAGUGCUGCCGAUGAGUCCCGGCGGCGGAGGAGGGAGCACCGCGUCCAUCGGGUAGGAGGAGCCCAGAGACUGAGCCUGGCCACGUGUCUCCUCCUAGUUGCCAGUGAGACGGAAUGCAUCUGUUUUUACCAGCUGCUGCAGGAAGCACGAGGCCCACACACUGCAGAGCCCUGCCAGACUUGGGAUGAGGAGACCGCGGCAACAGACAUGGAGGCUCGGUCUCAGCAGUGCCCUCUGGAUUUUCUUCCAGCCAGCGACAGGGCACUUUAGGAGUCGCAGAACAGAGUGUUUUUAAAUUCCUCGUUCCGUUUUGAUCAACUAAAGGAAAAUAAACUAAGGCGUCCACCUCGCAUAAGCAGUGACCUCCAAGUCAGAGGGCAAGAAAGUGCUGUCCCGCCAUGGUCCUCGGGACAGGCUUGGACACUGGGAUGCUGGUGCCAGCAAGGGUCUGGCUGCCACCUGCCUGGACACAGAGGGACGCAGCCAGGACUCUCCAAUAGUGUUUUUAAUGGAGUCAAAUCCACGUGGUUUGUAUAUUUUUCCUUUAAUCUUGGGCAUUUUGUUUCUCUUUCUGAGAACGUUAACUUGAAACACUACAGAGCCAAUAAUCCUAUAGAGUGUAUCCGCAAACCUGUACAGUUUUAUAUACAUUCACAAUGUACUUUUGCUGCCUUCUAGAUAAUUUAUUUUGCAACACAUUACUGCACAGUUGUAAAUAACUUAUGUACUGUAACAUCACUUUCAGUUAUGUGUAAAGAAAUAAAUAAAUUAAUUAAAA